GAGAAGUGUCGUUAGUUACUAUCAGUUGUAAGGACAAAGAAGAUGGUAGAAGAAAGAAGAAAUAAUUUCAUGAUGUAACUUUGAACAAAGAGCAGAUGUUUUAUUUUUUGUUUCUCUUCAUAUAUAGUAAAAGCAGAUAGGUCUUCCUCAUUCUUGUUGCCGGCAUCGCUGAGACUAGUUGGGAUCCGUAUGUGAUGACGAAGUUUUAUCAUCUCGUAAUUACAGAUACGCACAUGUACAUAUGUAGAAUUCUCAAAAUUAAGACAUAUCUUUGUCAUAUCAGCGAACGAGUGACCUGUUUCGUUCGGAAUUGUCGGAAGAAAAUGGUAGGAUUUGAAAGACAAGAAAGAACAUUUUGUAAGAGCUUAUGUUGUUGUCAAAAGAAUAGCAUAUUACCGUUUAUAAGUUAUAAUACAUACUACGUAUAUUGGGUACUAUAUGUUAUAUGUAACAUACAUACAUAUUUUGUAUAUGUACAAUAAUACAUAAAAUUCUAUGAAUCUACGAAGUUGGAAACCCAGUGAAGGUCGUGUAUUAUAUUUUGCUGUUUUUCUUAUGUAGCCGAGGAAAUGAUAUCAGUAAUCGUUCUCGGAAAUUUGUUUUCGUGUACGAACUUACGAGAGAUUUAUAGCAGGGAUGGGUAUAGAUGACCUCUCUUUCUCAGAAUGAUACGAUACCUACUCGUAAUAACAUUCUCGUUUAUUCUUCUGUUGGAUUAUGAUUGCAGUUGUUCCAGCCAUAGAUGAAUCGAUCUUUGUUUCGAUAAAGUAAAAAAGUAAUUGUGAAGUAAAUUUGUUGUUAAUGUUUUUUAUUUAAUUUAAAUUUGUUUGCGUUUUAUGAUGUUAAAAAACUUAGAAAUAUGUGUGUAUAAAUAAUUUGGGUCCAAAGCAGUCAUAGAGUCAAUAUUUGUUCGUAUAAAAUUUUCUUUUUCUUUUUCUCUGCAAUCAGAUAUACUGUAGAUAUUUAUAUAUAAAACAAGUAAUAGAUAUUCACGAAUUAAACUCAUUGUUUGCCUCUUAAUUAUUAAAUAAUUAUUACGCAUUUGAGUCAGUGCAUCAUGGAAGAUGGUCAAGGACCUAUUACACUUCUGUAGAAGAAUAUUGAUUUGCAUUGUCAUUAAGUCAAUGUAUUACAAAUUCAAUCUAAUUCAUUUUCCAUCUACGUCGAUUUAUUUCAUUUUGGACCUAUUAUGGAACAGCUUACAUAAAUUUCGAGCUACAACUGGGCGAGUGUUUUGAAGGGAGAAAAGAAAAAAACAAUCCGAGAACUGUCGUCCACCUGAAAGCUAGUUUUGGAGAUGAGCCAUGUUACUAACCAGUAACAAUGUUAGGAAAGGCUUCCUUCCGUUCCUUUCCAUUCUGCUGGGGAGCCUGGCUCCCACUAAUAUAUUCUUUACUAAAUAUGGAUAGUACGAUGAAACCAAUAAGCGGGCGUGGGAGGGAUACCCACGACACGGCGGUGUCAGGUGGUGGUAGGGCACCCGCCGUCGUCAACCAACGGGGUAGGCAACCUGGCCUCAGCUCUGGAUGAUGCGUCAGGAAGGACACCACAGGUAGGCGACUUGGCCUGCGGUGUAUCUAAUGCGCCAGGAAGUUUACAAAACGAAGAAUACCAAGCGGAGGAACUGGAAAGGACUGCCAGUGCGGUUGAGAGCAUGCGGCUCUCUGACCUGACCUCGCCAAAGCAGGGGAGAAGGCACAAGCGCGCAAGGCCGAUGAUAUACUCUCCUGAGGAGGAUGAGCUGGGGGCCGAUUGGCCCGCACUAGGUGAGGGUGGCCCGGCGGAGACUCCCUUGUCUCAAGUGGAGACUGGUAGGGUACUUAAUAGCAUCCGGGAAGCUCCAUGGCGGCAGAAAGUGCUAGGCUGAGACGCCGUAACCUUAAGGGUGAAAUCUCAGGGCUGAUAAAGAACUCCCAUAAGAUUAGGAUGGAGGGAAUUAAGACCCUGAGCGAGAGGUUCGAAACCCGAGCGGACAAUCCUCCGUCAGCCAAGGAAACCAUUGCGCAGCUGAAGGCAGAAUUGAGGGCCAAGGAUCUGCGCAACAGAGAGGUCAUGGAGGAAAACGUUCGCCUCAAGAGGGGGAAUAAAAGAAUGGAGAAGGUUCUGGAGAAUCCACCGGCUGGGAAUAGUCGAUCAAAGUCUCCGGAUGUAAGGGAGUCAAUAAGGGUACUAACACAGGCUGUCCGCGGUAUCCAACAGCAAAUACAACAGCUACAGCAGCAGCAGCAGCAGCGGCAGCAGACAUCGGGUGGAGCAACGACGGGAGCUGGUGGGCCACACAAAGGCCCUACACUCCGUGCUGAGCCCACUCGACUCCCUGCGCAACAGGUAAAUGUAGGUAAGGAACUAAUCGGACAGGAGGAUUUUGUCCAGGUACUUGGCCGGAAAGAGAGACGACCCCAAAAGAAGGAAGCGAAUGCUCUCCCCUUAACUACACCUAAGGAUGGAGUCAGCGACCGUCAUCCUUUGCCGGGACAGACAGCCUUUAGGAAGGAAGGGAAGAAGAAGAGGGGCGCGCAGCGAAGAAGGAAGAGGGAAAAAAGGGAAAGAGAAGUGGCUGCUAUUUCCCUAUCGUGUGCCGGGGAGAUGACGUAUAGAGACGUAGUCCUUCGGGCUACGGAGAAGGUCAACCUUAAAGAUCUGGGGAUCGUCGGUAUGACCUGUAAGAGAGGCCUCACAGGUGCCUUUAUAUGGCAAGUACGAGGCAAAGGGGCAACCGAGAAGGCCGACCAGGUAGUGGAGGCCUUAAGAAGUUCAGUCCCAGGGGUAAAGGUCACUCGCCCCCUGCGUACGAGUACCAUAAGGUUGGUGGGACUAGAUCCGGCCGCUAAUGGUACCUGGAUCAGGAAUGCACUCCUGGAGUUGCAUCCCGGAACAAACCCCAACCUCAUUAAGGUGGGAGAGAUCAGGAUAGGCAGGGGUAGACUAGCCGAGACCACUGUUACGGCUCCGACGCCUGUCAUCCAAGCAGCCCUGAAGAAGGACAGAAUAAUCUUGGGACUUACUGUAGCGAGGGUGCAAGAACUUAAACAGCGGCCCCUCAGAUGCCACCGGUGCCUUGCGCGAGGACAUGUCGCAGCAAUGUACUCGGCUACAAAGCCCCGUGUGGAUCUCUGCUAUGUCUGUGGGAAACCGGACCACUUGGCCAAAAGGUGUACAAACAAGGCAGCGUGCCCGAUUUGUUCAGAUACCGGCCGAAAGCCGACCAACCAUCGUGCCGGUUCUUGGGAGUGCCCGGUAGUGCCUCCCAGAAAAUGGGUGGACAAAGCAUACGGGAGUAGAACAAAUGUCCGCGGGGAAACAAUUCAGAAGGACCCGCAUAAGGUCGUGGAAAGAACUGCAAUGAAAGCAGUGAGUGCAACCGAGAAGAACAAAAAUAAAAUGGUGACGAAGAUAUGGAGGUGGAACGCGGUGAACCGGACACCUCAAUAUGUGUAGAAGCAGC